AUGGCUGACAGGAGAAGAAAUAAUGGUCCCCCGAGCGGCACCAGAGCGCCCGUAUAUGCUUCAUUGCUGCGCUCCGCAGCAGGCGAGGGAGCAGAGAGACCGCAGCGGACGAGGAAGCCUACAGAUCUGCGAAAGAUAUUUUUGAAAACGGGUCUCAUUCCUUCAGCAAGCGGUUCCUCAUACCUUGAAAUCGAGCCUACCACACGAGCAACGGCUGCACCCAAAUCGUUGAUAGCACCCGCCACAUCCUUAAAGAUCGCAUGCGCAGUCCAUGGUCCCAGGCCCCUGCCACGCUCGGCGAAUUAUUCUCCGAAUCUCCUUUUAACGACCCAUGUCAAAUAUGCACCAUUCGCACAUCGACGACGAAAAGGACAUAUUCGAGACGCUAGCGAACGCGAUCUUGGCGUCCAUCUCGAAACAGCCAUUCGAGGCGCCAUCAUAGCCGAGCGCUGGCCCAAAAGUGCUUUGGAUGUGACAAUCACUGUUCUCGAAGCCGAAGAUGAUCGGUGGUGGGGGAAUGCAUCUGCUUCGUCGGAUGCCUCUUGGGGCAUGAUGAAUGUACUUGCGGGUUGUAUCACGGCUGCGGCGGCGGCUAUUGCUGAUGCUAGAAUUGAUUGUCUGGAUCUAGUGUCUGGCGGCGUUGCUGCCUUGGUUGCUGCCGAGGAUGAGAUGGGAAACAGUGGUAAUCAAGAUGAUAGUCAGAAAGAUAGUCGCCCGCCUCCGAGGCUACUCUUGGACCCAGACCCGUCAGAACAUCGGAACAUCAUUGCUGCUUGUGUUGUUGGGUACUUGCCGGGCCGCGACGAGAUUACAGAAAUAUGGUUAAAAGGUGAUACGUCAGAUGUUGCCUCUACGGAAACACCAGAGAAGAAGAUGCCGGGGCAUGAUAUACUUAUUGACGGUGCUAUUGAUGCUGCGCGCGCUGCUCGAUCUGUGCUUGCUGCCGCUGUCAGAGAGUCUGGCGAGCGUUUCGUGAAGCAAUCCUUGGAGGCUACAAAAAUAGACGCAGACGUUGACAUGAAGACAUGA